AUGUCGCUGGGUAAACAGCCUAAUGAGCAUAUUAAGAGGCCGAUGAAUGCGUUUAUGGUAUGGUCCAGGGGCCAGAGGAGGAAGAUGGCACAGGACAACCCGAAGAUGCACAACUCCGAGAUAUCUAAGAGACUAGGCGCUGAAUGGAAACUUCUGACUGAGAUGGAAAAAAGGCCUUUUAUUGAUGAAGCGAAAAGACUCAGGGCUCUACACAUGAAGGAACACCCGGACUACAAAUACCGCCCUCGACGGAAACCAAAAGCCCUUGUAAAGAAAGAACCGAAAUUCGGCUUCGGCAUCAAUGGACUAAUGGCCCCCGUGCCACGGCUGGUCACGCCCUCUAUGCCUCAUCCCGUACCCCAAUUACCGGUCCCACAUCACUUAUUACCGGAAAAACCGGAUCUGAGCCGGGCGCUGUUCCCACCACUACCGUAUCCGUUUUAUCCGUUCGCGAAACUGCCGACCGAUGAUGGAAAAUUAGCUGCGGAAUUAGCUCAUUUACAGGCUCUAUACGGCGGAGCACUGUAUAGCAGCGCUCUCUACAAUAGUGCACUGUCCCCUUGCGGAUGUCCACCACGUCGGACCCCAUCACCCCCCGCCGACCUCAAACGUCCAGUAGCGUACGUCCUCAUGAAGAGCGACGAAGAGCCUCCUCAACACGUCAUAUGA